UUUCAGAUGUUCAGAUGUUCAGAAGGAGCAGGUUCGGUUCUCCUUCCCCUCACAGCAGCAGCACAGUUACCUGUGCAACGUCCAAACCAAAAUCCCCUCGUCCGCUUACAAAACACAGACGACCUUCCUCAGCGUCAAUAUCACAGCUGUACCGUUUAUGUGUAAAUAGCGAGCCACGUGACUUCACUCCUGGCCACCUUUGAAGGAGAUAAACCGUGAGAUAAAACUCCUUGCAGCCGCUAAGUAAAGCACUACGAAUCUACAGUCUACCUGCGAAUUAAAGGCAGGUUUAACGUGUUUAAAGAGUCACCCUGGUGACGCCAGAGCAUCGGGGAAAGGCUAGAAUUUGUUGGACGACUAUGACAGUUUCAUUGAUUUGAGUGGUGGGGUAGCCGGACAAAAUGCAGGCCCCUGGGCACAGACAGUGUGGCUGCUGGUGGACAAUGAAGUCUCUGAGGCUGCUGUCAGUGGAUCCAUCAGACCAAGGCUCUCAGAGAUGCAGGCUGGGUCCAGGCUUGAUGUCAGCACUGGGUCUGAGUCUGGGCUCCCCUCUGCUGGUGUCUGUUCCAGGGGGAAGCUGCCUGUGCACUGCCUGGCCCCGGCCUGACCUGGCAGAGGGCUUCCUGCAGAUGGACCUGAAAUGUUCCUCUCCCAGUUUGAUCUCUCACCCAUGCACACACCUGGACCUGGACCCUGGUCAGCUCACACCCGUACCCUGCCUCAAACUGAAAGGUGUUAAGAUAACUGUGGUAGUCCAGAGUGUUGACUUUAGGAAACACACACCUCCUCGCCUCAUUCAUGAGCUUGUGAAAGACAUGCUGAAAGGUGUACAUGUCCAUAACAAGUAUGUGAUCAACCUGCAGGAUUUUGAUACAGAGAUUAAAUAUGUUGUUAUUGAAAGCAUCAAUCCAGAGUCUGCCAUUGCUGGAUAUAUCACCUCAAAAACUGCUGUGGAGAUAACUGGUGUCCAAACGGUCCGGCAUUACAGGAGUCGGCUGCAGAAGCAGCAUACAGUGCCACUGGGUGGGCUGGAGGAGGUGAGCGCCUCCCUGAGAGAGAUGCUGGAGCUGCCCCUGCUCUAUCCACGCACCCUGAGCUCUAUAGGUGUGUUGUGUCCCAGAGGCAUGCUCCUGGUGGGGCCUCCAGGUGUGGGCAAGACCCUGCUGGUCCACACAGUGGUGGAGGAGGUGGGGGCUAGCCUGGUGGUUGUCAGAGGGCCAGAGGUGGUGGGAUCACGGCCGGGUGAGAGUGAGGCGAUGUUGCGGGCUGUGUUUGAGCAGGCUCGAGCUGCAACAGAAGAGGGACCAUGUGUGCUGUUCUUAGAUGAGCUGGACUCACUGAGUCCAAGGAGAACCGGCUCAACUGCGCCAGAGAACCGCCUGGUUGCUCAGCUUCUCACACUGAUGGAUGGGAUGGAUCAGUCUGAUCACUUCCUCAUCGUCGGAGCCACCAACCGACCAGACAGCUUAGACCCAGCACUGCGCAGACCUGGAAGAUUUGACAGAGAGGUUAUCAUUGGAGCUCCCACCUUGCAGCAGAGAAAGGCCAUCCUGUCUGUCCUGUGCACGAGGAUGCCUACAUGUCCCAGUGUGGACAUGGCAGAGCUUGCACAGAGAACUACAGGAUAUGUAGGAGCAGACCUAAGUGCCUUGUGUAGGGAGGCUGCUAUGCAUGCUUUACGGGAAGAAUCAAAGGGCUCAGGAGGACAGGCAGUGGGCAUGAAGCAUUUCCAGGAGGCCCUGAAGUCAGUGCGUCCCUCCUGCCUACGGAGCAGCCUGGGCAGGACAGACCUCUCCCCAGUGUCCUGGGAGCAGAUAGGAGGCUUGGAUGAGGUCAAACUCAGACUAAGACAGAGUAUUGAAUGGCCGAUGAGGUACCCUGAGGCGUUUGUUCGUCUGGGUCUGUGUCGGCCCCAUGGCGUGUUGCUCUACGGGCCCCCAGGAUGUGCAAAGACAACACUUGUCAGAGCUGCAGCAACCUCCUCUCACUGUGCCUUCCUGUCUGUCAGUGGUGCUGACCUCUACUCUCCCUAUGUCGGGGAUUCAGAGAAGGCUUUAGCACAGUUGUUUCGUCAGGCCCGAGCCUGCACUCCUUGUAUCCUGUUCCUUGAUGAGAUCGACUCUCUGGUUGGCUCAAGGUCGAACAGUCAGACACCUAACAGCGUACAGACACGCCUCUUGUCUGUGCUCCUGAAUGAGAUGGAUGGAAUUGGCUUGAAGACGCUGGAGAGGAGAGGGACGGAGAAGAUCCUCCAGACAGAAGGGGUGGAGGAGAAUCACACACAGGAACAGUUGGACUGCCAGGAAGUAAGCAACAAAGAUGUGAUGGUUGUAGCUGCCACAAACAGACCUGACUGCUUAGACAGUGCCCUCCUCAGACCUGGCAGACUGGAGCACAUCAUCCAUGUCCCACCGCCUGACCAGCAGGCUCGACUUGCCAUCCUGAAGGCCUGUACUAAAUCGAUGCCUUUAAGUGUUGAUGUGUGUCUGGAGGAACUAGUCGCAAAGACAGAGCUUUACUCUGGAGCUGACCUGGAAAAUCUGUGUAAAGAGGCUGCUUUGUUGGCACUACAAGAGGAGAACAUGGAAGCUUCUGCCAUCAAACACACAUACUUCCUAAGGGCCCUCAGCAAAAUGAGGCCCUCUCUCACUGCCCAGCAGAUCCACACAUAUCAGACACCACCCAAAUGACAAAGCCCAUAUGACCAUGUCCUCUGCACUGAUACAUUGUUUUGUUACACAGAAGUUGGUUUGAAAUAAAAUUGGUAAACCUUGA